AUGUCGUAUGAAGUUGGUACUCGUUGCUGGUAUCCGAACAAAGAUCAAGGAUGGAUCGGCGGGGAAAUUUCGAAGAAUAAGCGGGUUGGGGAUAAGUAUCAUUUAGAUUUGACCCUUGAGAAUGGGGAAGUGGUUGAGAUUAUCACUAGUAGCAUCGAGGAAGGGUCGAGUGAAGAUUUGCCAUUGUUAAGGAACCCUCCCAUUCUAGAGGCGACGGAGGAUUUGACUUCGCUUUCAUAUUUGAAUGAGCCGGCGGUAUUACAUGCGAUCAAGGCGCGUUAUGCGCAGUUGAAUAUUUAUACGUAUUCGGGAAUUGUGCUUAUUGCUACAAAUCCGUUUGAUCGUGUGGAUCAGCUCUAUUCUCAGGAUAUGAUUCAGGCGUAUGCCAAGAGACGUCGAGGGGAGUUGGAGCCACAUUUGUUUGCGAUUGCGGAGGAGGCGUACAGUUUGAUGAAGAACAGCACACAAAAUCAGACGAUUGUUGUGUCUGGGGAGUCAGGUGCCGGGAAGACGGUAUCGGCAAAGUACAUUAUGCGUUAUUUUGCUACUGUAGAGCAAAGUAACUUGGUGGGGAGCGGAGGAUCGCUCAACCCAAUUGAAAUGUCCGAGACAGAGAAGAAGAUUUUAGCCACAAAUCCAAUUAUGGAAGCCUUUGGGAAUGCAAAGACUACUAGGAAUGAUAACUCUUCAAGAUUUGGAAAGUACCUGGAGAUCCUAUUCGAUAAGGAUACUUCCAUUAUUGGUGCUCGCAUCAGAACAUAUCUUUUAGAAAGGUCUCGGUUGGUGUUUCAGCCGGCAGCAGAACGAAACUAUCAUAUCUUUUACCAGUUGUUGGCGGGCGUGCCUGAAGAUCUCAAAAUGAAACUCAAGUUAACAAAUAUCGAAGAUUACCACUACUUGAAUCAAGGGGGGGAGUCUAAAAUUGCUGGUAUCGAUGACAAGGAGGAGUACAAACUCACCACAGACGCGCUUUUGUUGGUUGAUAUCUCCAAAGAAACACAAAAAGAGUUGUUUACCAUCUUGGCCGCAUUGUUACACAUCGGUAACAUAGAAAUUAAAAAGGCCAGAACAGAUGCCGCACUAAGCUCCGAUGAUGAAAGCUUACAGAUUGCUUGUGAAUUGUUAGGAAUUGAUGCAUUUGCCUUUGCAAAAUGGAUCACUAAAAAACAAAUCAUCACGAGGGCUGAAAAGAUUGUUUCCAACUUGAAUUAUGGACAAGCUGUGGUUGCUCGUGACUCGGUCGCCAAAUUCAUAUACUCUGCAUUAUUUGAUUGGUUGGUCCAGAAUAUAAAUAACGUGCUCUGUAAUCCAGAAGUGUCUAAUGAAAUCUACUCCUUUAUUGGUGUCCUAGAUAUCUACGGUUUCGAGCAUUUUGAAAAAAAUUCCUUUGAACAAUUCUGUAUCAACUAUGCAAAUGAAAAGUUGCAACAAGAGUUUAAUCAGCAUGUCUUUAAAUUGGAACAGGAAGAAUACGUUAAAGAGGAAAUCAAAUGGUCUUUCAUUGAAUUCAAUGACAAUCAGCCUUGUAUUGAUUUGAUUGAAAAUAAAUUGGGUAUCCUAUCUUUAUUGGAUGAAGAAUCAAGAUUACCAGCUGGCUCUGACGAAACCUGGACACAAAAGUUGUACCAAACUUUAGAUAAACCACCUACUAACCGAGUGUUUUCUAAACCGAGAUUUGGUCAAACGAAAUUCGUUGUCUCACAUUACGCGCUUGACGUUACUUACGAUGUUGAGGGUUUCAUUGAGAAAAAUAGAGAUACCGUUUCAGACGGCCAUUUGGAAGUCUUGAAGAACUCAAAGAACUCUACCUUGCUCGCCAUCUUAGAAACCAUUGAUAGAAAUGCUGCUAAGCUGGCUGAUCAGCAGGAAGCCAAAAAGAAACAAAGUUCAUCAGCAAGGGUCGUCAAUAGAAAACCAACCUUGGGAUCACUCUUUAAACAAUCUUUAGUCGAAUUGAUGACCACUAUCAACUCCACAAAUGUUCAUUACAUUAGAUGCAUAAAACCUAACGAGUCGAAAGAGGCUUGGCAGUUUGAUAACCUAAUGGUGUUGUCUCAGUUGAGAGCAUGUGGUGUCUUAGAAACCAUCAGAAUCUCUUGUGCUGGGUUCCCCACUAGAUGGACUUAUAAUGAAUUCGCUCUUAGGUACCAUCUUUUGGUUCCAUCUACCCAUUGGACUAAAAUCUUUGCAACUGAAACCACUGAAGAAGAAAUUAACGAACUUUGCAAGGACAUCUUGGGUACUACAGUUACUGAUAAGGAGAAAUACCAACUUGGUAAUACCAAGAUUUUCUUUAAAGCUGGUAUGUUGGCUUACUUGGAAAAAAAGAGAACCGAUAAAUUGAAUUCCUCUUCUACUAUGAUUCAAAAGAAAAUUAAAGGUAUAUACUACCGCAGAAGAUAUUUGGAAAUCACUGGUUCACUCAGAAAAUUCCAAUCUGUUGCAAAGGGUAUUAUUCUACGUGCUCAUGUUGAUCAUGAAUUUAAGACCUGGGCAGCUAUUUUGUUACAAUCUUUCUUAAGAGGCUCUUCAAUGUAUCGCAAGACACAGGAACAAUUGAAUUCUAUUAUCAGAACCCAAUCUCUCUUCAGAAGACAAUUGGCUUGCAGAGAAUUGAGAGCUAGACGUGAAAUAGAGUCGGCAAUUAAGAUUCAAAAGAAGAUUAGAGCUUUUAAACCAAGAAAAUCAUAUGUACACUAUAAGAAGAGUACAAUUGUGGUACAGUCUUUGGUAAGAAGAAGGUUUGCAAAGAGACAGUUAGAUGUUCUGAAACAGGAAGCAAAAUCUGUAAACCACUUGAAGGAAGUUUCUUACAAGUUGGAAAACAAAGUUAUCGAAUUGACCGAAUCUUUGGCAGCAAAAGUUAAGGAAAAUAAAGAUUUGAAUGCUCGCAUAAAGGAAUUACAGACUUCUCUAAAUGAAUCUGCUCAUUUUAAGGAAUUAUUGAAGGCCCAAAAAGAAGAACAUAUCAGAAGUUUGGACGAGCAGAAUGAUACCCAUACUCUAGCAUACGAUGCAAUUUCUUCAAGACUUGCAGCUGCCAAGAAAGAAAUUGACGACGCUAGACUUGAAAUUGAGCAAUUGAAGACGAGACAAGAAGAAUUGAAAGCUGAUGUUAAAGCUAAGAUUGAUGAGCUAUCAAAAGUCAGACAGGAUUUGGCAGAUUCUACAACUCAAAACUCAGACUUAUCUAAUGAGGUUUCAUCAUUGAAAGAAGAAAUUGCUCGGUUGCACACUGCCAUCCGUAAUGCACCAACUAGCGGUACUCUAUCACCAAUUAAAAGUAAACGUAUUAGUUCUUACAGUGGUUUGGAUACAUCUGGAUCUCCAAAGCAGUGGAAUGUGGUAUCUAUUAACAAUGGCGGCUUGGAAGAAGAAACGAGAUCAAUUAUGUCCCAACUAUCGCAGAUCAACGAUGAACUAUACAAGUUAUUAAACGAUGAUAGGCCGUUGACCACUGAAAUUGUAGAAGGUUUAUUGAAGAGUGGUAAGAUUCCGCAGCCUGGUUUUGCUGCCAACUUAACCAGGAAAGAGGUUUUAUAUCCUGCAAGAGUAUUGAUCAUCAUAUUGAGUGACAUGUGGAGGUUAGGAUUAACUGAGCAGAGCGAAAGAUUCCUUGCAGAAGUACUAUCUACCAUUCAAACCUUGGUAACAAAUUUGAAGGGGGAUAAUGUCAUAAUCAAUGGUGCUUUCUGGUUAACAAAUGUUCGUGAACUUUAUUCCUUUGCCAUAUAUGCCCAUGAUUCUAUUUUGAAUGAUAAUGCAUACAUAAAGGACUUAAAUGAAGAUGAAUAUAAACAAUACGUUACUCUAGUCAGCGUUUUGAAAGACGAUUUUGAGUCCUUGAGUUACAACAUCUACAACAUUUGGUUGAAGAAGUUGCAAAAGGAGUUAGAGAAGCGGGCAGUUUCCGCUGUUGUUAUGUCACAAUCGUUGCCUGGGUUUAUCGUACCUGAAUCUUCUGCAUUUUUGCCCAAGAUUUUUUCAAGUUCUAGCAGCUAUAAAAUGGAUGACAUUCUCACUUUCUUCAAUACUAUUUAUUGGUCUAUGAAAGCUUAUCAUGUUGAAACAGAAGUCUACCGCGAGGUGAUUAUGUCCUUAUUAAAGUAUGUGGACUCUAUUUGUUUUAAUGACUUGAUUAUGAAGCGUAAUUUCCUGUCAUGGAAGCGUGGUCUCCAGUUGAACUACAACGUGACAAGAUUGGAAGAAUGGUGCAAAGUACAUCAUAUUCCGGAAGGUAGCGACUGUUUAGAACACAUGCUGCAAGCUUCGAAGUUGUUGCAAUUGAAGAAAGCCAAUAUGGAGGAUAUAAAUAUUAUUUGGGAAAUAUGUUCCUCGUUGAAGCCAGCCCAAAUACAAAAAUUAAUUUCGCAAUAUUCUGCUGCAGAUUAUGAAGUCCCAAUUCCCCAGGAGAUUUUAAGUUUUGUUGCAGAAAGGGUUAAGAGAGAAUCUGCUCUUUCUAACGAUGGUAAAUCUGCACCUCAUAGUAAUGAUAUCUUCUUACCUGUCGCUACCGGUUCUUUUGCUGAUCCAUUUAGUCAAAUAGAGCCAAGAGAAAUCAACAAGAUUGAAGCGCAUAUCCCUGCUUGGUUGAAUUUGCCUAUUUCCAGAAGAGUGGUGGAAUUGAUAACAGAGAACGUUUCCGCACAGGAGUCCCAGGCUCAAGAUCUGGAAUGA